GUCUCCUGUCUGGCGGUCUGAACUAAUAAUAGUCAAACACGGGAGCGCAUUAUUUGUUCAGUGUCAAAUGUGCGCAAAAAACACAAUUCGAUGCCAUGUUAUUUGUUGAUGCGGAAAAAGGCACUCAGUAGGUGUCGAGAGCCGAGUGGCGACAGUUUGCAACAAACAUGGAAAUUUCUGAGCCCAGCAUUGGCAUAUUCUAUGUGAGCAAACUGCUCGCCUUGGCGCCCUAUUCGGCGCAAAAGAACUCCAAGGGACAACUCGAGAUUCGUCGUAGUUGGAUCUUUACCAUCUAUUCUGCUAGCCUAUGUGUCAUUUUGGUUUUCCUCACAUAUCGUGGACUACUUUUUGAUGCUAACUCGAAAAUUCCAGUUCGCGCAUCUUUCAGAAUGAAAUCGGCGACAUCCAAAGUGGUAACCGCAUCGGAUGUAUCUGUUGUUGUGCUGGCCAUUGUAGCAGGUGUCUACUGUGGCCUCUUUGGACUGCGUGCCACACAGGAGCUAAACAUGCGAUUGCAUAGGAUCGACAGCACGUUGAGCGCCUACAACAAUUACAGGCGGGAUCGCUGGCGUGCCUUUGGCAUGGCAAGCAUAUCGCUGAUAGUUAUUGGCAUACUCCUUGGCCUGGAUGUGUGGACGUGGGUGCGCAUGGCACAACAAAUGAACAUCAAUAAAUCGGACACGGAGCUCAACGUACAAUGGUACAUACCAUUCUAUAGCCUCUACUUUAUACUCACUGGACUCCAUAUUCAUUUUGCCAACACGGCCUACGGUCUGGGCAGGCGUUAUGGGCGUCUUAAUCUAAUGCUACGCACCAGUUAUUUGGGUGACAAGUCCUAUACAAGUGCCUCGAAUUUGGUGAAGGUGAAUACGGUGAGAACGAUCAACUUCAAUCCAAUGAUGCCCACGGCUCUGCACGCCAGUCUGACUAAGUUGAAUGGCGAGAUGCUGGCCAAUGAAUCGGCAGCCAAGAACAAGAGUCUAGUCAUCAGAGCCAUGGCCGACAAUCAUGAAUCGUUGGGCAAGUGCGUGCGACUGCUCUCCAGCUCCUAUGGAAUUGCUGUGCUGUUCAUUCUGGUCUCGUGUCUGCUGCACUUGGUGGCCACCGCUUACUUUCUGUUCCUGGAGAUGCUCAACAAGCGAGACAACGGCUAUGUCUGGGUGCAAAUGCUGUGGAUCAUCUUUCAUUUUCUACGCCUGCUAAUGGUCGUCGAGCCGUGUCAUCUGGCCGCUCGUGAAUCUCGCAAAACCAUUCAGAUUGUCUGCGAAAUUGAGCGAAAGGUCUAUGAGCCUAUUUUGGCGGAGGAAGCCAAGAAGUUUUGGCAGCAAUUGCUUGUUGUUGAUGCCGAUUUCUCAGCCAGCGGCUUGUGCCGUGUUAAUCGCACUAUUUUAACAUCGUUUGCCUCGGCCAUUGCCACCUAUCUGGUUAUACUAAUUCAAUUUCAGAAGACAAACGGUUGAACGACUUGUCGUUUAUAUAGUUUUAAGGUAUACAAAAAGGUUGCUUUUAUUAACACUAAUCGGAAUUCUUAGUUGUGUGUUUAAGUCUGUAAUUGCGAAAGCAUAAAAUAAUAAAGAGAGAACAUUUGUUUUU